AAUAAUCGCGCCCUCGGAGUCAGCAACAGACUCCGGCGACCAUCUCACACCACAUUUGCCAUGUCGCCUUUCACCGUGGGUGACUACCUCGCAGAGAGGAUUGCCCAACUCGAUGUUCGUCAUCACUUCAUUGUUCCAGGAGAUUAUAACCUCAUCCUCCUUGACAAACUUGAAGCGCAUCCAUCCUUGGCUGAGAUCGGGUGCACCAAUGAACUUAACUGCUCCCUCGCCGCCGAGGGCUAUGCCCGUGGCCAUGGAAUUGGUGUUUGCAUCGUGACCUACAGUGUUGGUGCCUUCUCAGCCUUCAAUGGCGUAGGCAGCGCUUAUGCUGAGAACCUGCCUGUCAUACUCAUCAGCGGAUCUCCCAAUACCAACGAUGUGAGCCAGCAUAUACUGCAUCACACUCUGGGGGAAUAUGACACAACUUAUCAGCUUGAGAUGGCUAAGAAGAUCACUUGCUGCGCUGUACGCAUUCGUCAAGCUCCCCAUGCUCCUGAGCUCAUCGACCGAGCUAUCCGAGCUGCUCUCACACACCGAAAGCCCGUCUAUAUCGAAGUGCCAACCAACUUGGCUGGCGAAACGUGUCUCCGUCCUGGGCCCAUCAGCUCUGUAGUCUCAGCUGUGCCAAGCGAUCAGCAUUCACUCGACGUUGCUGUGGCCAAGGCAUCUGAUUUCAUCAGCUCCAGGCAGAAGUGUGUCAUUCUUGCGGGGCCAAAAGUUCGAAGGGCAAUGGCGCAAGACGCCCUGCGUCAGUUGGCGGAGGCGAUUGGAUGUGCUGUUGUGCUACAGCCUGCUGCAAAAGGCACAUUUCCUGAAGAUCACGCUCAAUUCGCCGGCAUCUUUUGGGGCCAGGUCAGCACGCUUGCAGCUGACACAAUCGUCAACUGGGCAGAUGUCAUCAUUUGUGUCGGUGCCAUCUUUACAGAUUACAGCACCGUUGGAUGGACGGCAUUACCCAGUGUUCCCCAACUGCUUGUCGAUAUCGAUAGUGUGACUGUGGCGUCUAAGCUAUACUGCAGUAAUGUUCAGAUGAGUGAGUUCUUGACCAGGCUUGCAGAAACAGUCUGCUGGAACGACACUACUAUGGUCGAGUACAACCGACUCCGCCCUGAUCCAACCUUGGGGGAGCCCUCUUGCGGUCCCGAGAGAUUGACGAGGAAGGAGAUUGCUCGACAGACACAGGUUUUGAUACGCCUCAAUCCUCAGACGGUCGUGUUUGCUGACACUGGAGAUUCGUGGUUCAACAGCCUUAAGCUGAGCCUCCCAUUCGGAGCUGAUUUCGAAAUCGAGAUGCAGUGGGGUCAUAUUGGAUGGUCCAUCCCCGCCUCUUUCGGCUAUGCCCUUGCCAGGCCUCGGAAGAGGAUCGUGGUCAUGGUCGGCGACGGAGCGUUUCAGAUGACAGCUCAGGAGGUAUCACAAAUGGUUCGCUUCCGAGUGCCCAUCAUCAUACUCCUUAUGAACAACAAAGGCUACACUAUCGAGGUGGAGAUUCAUGAUGGACUCUAUAACCGCGUUCAGAACUGGGAUUACGCACGCCUGGUCCAGGCAUUUGGCACUGACAAUGAGAAGGGACACGCACUUGGUCUGGAGGCCCAUACUUGUGAGGAGUUCUCCAAGGGUCUUGAACGGGCCAUGGCGCACAGAAAUGGCCCGACGCUUAUUGACUGCAACCUUCAUCAGGAUGACUGUAGCAGAGAGCUAAUUACCUGGGGGCAUUUUGUGGCGGCUGCCAAUGCGCGAGUGCCGAAAAAGGAAUAGCACUCACUGGGAGCCACAGGUCUAGCACAG